UCGGCGUCGGCUCAGGUGAAAUGCCUCUGCACACACUCGCGUCGGCUCUUCUCGCCGCCACCACCUCGGCGGUGAGCCCAGCUCUCCCCAUCGACGUGAUCCGUACUCGGCUGCUCAAUUACAAUGGCUUCACCUACACGAGCUCCGUCGUGCCCGCGUCGGCCGCCUCGCCAGCACUGCCGCCAGUCGUGCUGCUUCCUCCGAUUGGCGUCGGGAUCGACCGGACAUUUUGCGGCCGCCUCCUCGAAGCGUGGGCGGUCGCCUCGCCCAGCGCCACGCUGCACGCGAUCGACGUCAUCGGCAUGGGCGACUCCAGCCCGAAGCCGCGCAUGAAGAGGCGGCUGCUCGGCGGUUGGGAGGAGCCGCCUCGCACGCCGCGCGAGUGGGCGGAGCAGGUCGUCGCGUACAUCACCGAGGAGGUGGGCGAGCCGUGCGUCGUCGUCGGGCAGAGCAACCUCUGCACCGUCGCGCUCGAGGCUGCGGCGCUCGACCCAGAGGCCGUCAAAGGCGUGGUGCUGCUCGGCCCUCCCGCCGUCGAGGCGCUCUCCCUCGACAAGUCUCCCGAGGCGAUCGCAAAGGUGUGGCGGAUCGUCGGGUCACCCGUCGGCGCGGCGCUCUUCCGCUUCGCGCGCCGAAAGCCCUUCCUCGCCUCCUUCUCCAAGAAGAACCUCUUCGCCGACCCUGCCCUCGUCGACGACGACUACCUCGACGUGUGCGCGGCGGGCGCCGCCGACGCGGCCACGCGGCACGCCGUCUUCUCCUUCGUCGCCGGCACUUGGCGGCAGGACUACCGGCCGCUGCUCGCCGCCCUCGCCACGCCCACUCUCGUCCUCUCGGGCAGCGACGUCGGCG